CGGAAUUUAAAAUUAUCUAUCCACUUUUUUUUUUUCUAUUUCUCACAUUAUUCCUUUUGUACAUAUUCUCUCUCUCUUUCCUUCUCUCUCUCUAUAUAUAAUUAUCUCACAAUAUGUCAAAUAAAAGACUUUCAUUUGCCAACUUUCCAAUACCUUUUGAUCAUCCUUACAUACUUCCAACACUGGUUACUACAAUGACAGUGUCCGCACUCGCUUAUUAUACCCUCCAAGCAUCACAUCACAGCGAUAUGAUAGAAGCACUUCGAAAACAAUCUAUGCGAAAACGUCGUCAUUUACAUCGUCCAGAAGAUCGAUAUGCAAGUUUACAAAUCGAGACAAGGUUUGUCAAUCCCUUUGACUCAUGGCGUACACCUUCUUGGAAUGACUACUUACUUUAUUGGAUCAAACAUUCUUGGAAAAGACUAACAACUAGAUAUCCGGAACCUAAAGAACUUGACAGUCUACUACCGAUGAACAAACCUGAAUUUGAUCAAAUAUUUUCUUCUAUUUCUUCUCAUUCACCGCCUUCUUUGACUGAAUCAUGGGUCCAAAUUGACAAGGAAAGUAGUCCGGCAUGUUCAAAAACUACAUUUACUUGGCUUGGACAAUCCACUUGCUUGGUCACUUUGGACGGUCUUACUAUCUUGACAGAUCCUGUAUUUGAUGAUUCACUGAUGUCUAAAAAACAUACUCGUUCUUUUCCUUGGAAGUUGCAGGAAUUUCAAUCCAAUGUUCACAUUGUCUUGAUCUCUCAUGAUCAUGCUGAUCAUUUAGAUGAACAUGUGGUGAAUAUAUUAGGAAACUCGGUUACUUGGUAUGUUCCACUAGGUCUUCGUGAUUGGUUUGUCCAUCAUGGUGUAGAAAACGUCAUUGAAUUAGAUUGGUGGCAAGAGGUACGACAUAAGGAACGUCCUGAAGUGAUUAUUGCAAGUGUACCUUCCAUGCAUUCUAGUGGUCGCUGGUCCAUGAACAAGAAUAAGUCACUAUGGAGUAACUUUGUUAUAAAGUCUAAAGAUGAAAGCUUUUUCUUUUGUGGUGCUUCAGGAUAUGAUAAGGAUUUAUUCAAGGCUAUUGGAAACGUGUAUGCACCAUUGACUUUGGCUGCCUUACCUAUUGGAGGUUUCACACCCAGGACUAUGAAAAAAGCACUUCAUAUGGACCCAUCGGAAGCAGUCAAGGCACAUCACCAUCUUGGUUGUCCUACUUUAUCUAUUGGUAUUCAUUGGGGCACGUUUAUACCAUCAAUGGAUGAAUCAUACUUGGAACCACAGCGUAUUUUGCAACAAACGUUGGAAAAACACCCACUACCUUCAACAUUAUCUGCAAUCUCACCUCCAUCGGCUACAGUAUAUACAACGACAGAAAAUGAAUCCAUACCAACGUCAUCGCUAACCAGCAAUACCAACAAGUCUGAACAUAUUGGAAACAAUGCUAGACGGACACUUUUUACAACAACUUCUUUGGGAAAGACUGUCUUUGUGGAUAAUCUUGACGAAAAUGGAUACAACCUUUCUUGAUAUUGCCUUAUGAUCGUUUUAAUAUUAUACUUUCUUUUACCCUCUCCGUUGUCUUCGUGUUAGUAUCUUUUUUUUUUAUUCCUGUUUUUUAUUGUCGCUAUAGGAUUAUAGUGUAUAGUUCUAUUACCUUGUACCGCAGUUAUCAUAUUAUAUUUAAUAAAGAUAUUCUUCUUUACCUAUCGCUUU